AUGGCAUCGUGUUUGAGAUUGGGGAAGAAUGACAUGGGAGAGAGCACAAUUGAACCAAACUGGCUUGAACUUCCAAGAGAAUUAACAACAAACAUACUUCAAAGGCUAGGUGUUGUUGAAAUUGUGACAAGUGCAUGUCGAGUGUGCUCGUUGUGGUGGGAUAUUUGCAAGGACCCUUUCAUGUGGCGCACCAUUGACAUGAACUAUUACAACUAUCAAAUCUAUAAAUUGGAGAAUUGGUGUCGUUAUGCCAUUGAUCGGAGCUGCGGUCAUCUGGAAGACAUUAGUAUUAAAUAUUUUGACACGGAUGACUUCCUCAAUUACAUAGCUGAUAGUCCACAAGGUGAGUAG